ACUCGACUUUCAUCACAACUUUCCUCCAAUAGAAUUUAACACACGCAGAGAGAGAAAGGAAGCAGCUCAAUUAUAAAUUACACUUGCAAUUUUCAAUUUGUUUCCCCUAUAUUGAAUACCUUGUUCAGAGUUUUCGUUAGUUUCGAAGUCAAUUGUAAAUCAUAUUCAAAUAUUGAAGCCCCAAAUCGGAUAAAUUCCAAAAUUGUACUAUAAAUGGGAAACGCUCUAAGAUUCCUGUGCGCCAAAUGUUGCGAACCUUCGCCGGAAUCCGAUUCCGUCGGCCACCACGGCGUCACUGCCGAGACUGUCGGAGUUUCCGCCCUCGCUCACGAUCUUUACAACUUUGAAAUCACCAACCAGGUUCCCCAAGAACUAGGUAAGCAUGUUGUGUCAUCCAGAAAAGCUCAAUCCAACUGGUACAAGAAGCUAGCUGUAGCGUGGAGGGAGACAAAACCGCCCCCUAAAUCCGCGGAAGAAGCCUCGCGGCUCGUGAUUCAGACGCUCAAGAGGCAUCAGAAGGCGGACGUCGAGGUUUCUGACAGGAUUAGCUUCAUACCUCUUGGAAUAAUGAGUACAAUUUAUAUAAUCUUGAUUGCUUUGCUUGUAAAGGGUCUCUUAGCUUUCUAUGGCCUUCCAUUGCAUCACACUUUGGUGGACCUCACCACUGGGCCUCCUCCCUCCCACUCCCAGCCUCAAGGUCUCAAGUUCGAAUUACAUACUAUACCCGUAGAUCCGAAGGCUGUGGCAGAUGGUGAUACCAUUACGGUAUAUGUAAGUGUUGAAGACUCUAGGGAGUCCGCGAAUGUUCCUAGGGAAGUCCAAGUUGCAGCUGUUGAAAGAGCUAAUGCCCGCGCUCAGAGGAAUUAUGAUCGUGCAGAUGAACUCCACAAGCAUAUUAUUGAUGCAGGAUACAGGGUGAUAAAUCUUCAAAACGAGGAGGUUCUCGCCAAGAAAUACAGAAUAAGAUUGAGAGGAAUUGAUGCACCGGAGGGUAAAAUGCCGUUUGGACAAGAAGCGAAGGACGAGCUGGUAAAAAUUGUGCAGAACAAGUGUCUAAGAGUCCUUGUGUUUGAUGAAGAUCGUUAUGGUAGGUGCGUAGGAGAUAUAUAUUGCAAUGGCAUCUUCGUUCAGGAGUCGAUGCUUAAGAAGGGGCUAGCAUGGCACUACAAAGCUUAUGAUCGACGUCCCGAGCUGGAUAAGUGGGAGAAAGAGGCUCGUGCAAAACGCGUGGGUUUGUGGUCGUCUUCUAACCCUGAGAUGCCAUGGGAGUGGAGAAAGGACAGACGUCAAGGCAGAUAGAUAGCCCACCAUCUUGGUCCAAGGUUCAUAAUGUGAUUAUGUUGUAUUUAAGCAAAUGGUAUUGAAAUUUUUCCUAACUUGUUAAAAUUCUGAUAUUUCUUUCCCUUUCUAAGCACAGCUAUUUAAAAAAUCA